AUGAUGAACUACACAUUGUUUGCUUUGGUUGUUAUAACAUUAGUACCAGGAAUUACAAGUAUACCGCUAGGUUCAAAUUCAAAUUCAAAUGAUAAUGAUGAUAAUCAAUUAAUUAUAAAUUUAAAUGAUGAUUAUUUUAAAGAUUAUAAUACAAAUGAUGAAGAAACAUUAAAAUAUAUUGAAUCAAGUAUACCUAAUUUUAAGAAACAACAAAAUUUACCACCAAUUCAAUCAUUACCAAUUAUUAAAUCUGAACGUUUUUUGAAAAAAGGUGAAAUACCAAAAUAUAUAUUAGAUUAUGCUCCAUUAGUUCAUUUAUAUACUGAGGAAGAAUAUUUACCUUAUGAUAUUGAAGAUUAUGUUAAACAUUUCCAUUUAGAAUUUAGAAAUAAAACUAUUUUAACAAAUCAAACAUUAUCUUUAAAAAAACUUGGUGAAUAUGCAAAUGAUCCAAAUUUAAAUACAAAUGAUUUAUUUUUAACAAGUGAUUUUGAAUUUAAUGAUAAUCCUGAUUGGUUAACUGGUAAACAAAAUAAACCAAAUUUAUCAUCUGGAUUAAUUAAAAAUGCACCAUCUGUUUUAAUUGUUGUUGAUAAAGGUAAUGGAUGGGUUGAUGCUUAUUGGUUUUAUUUUUAUUCAUUUAAUUUAGGUCCUUUUGUAAUGGGUGGUGGACCAUAUGGUAAUCAUAUUGGAGAUUGGGAACAUUCAUUAAUGAGAUUUUAUAAUGGAUUACCAAUAUUUGUUUGGAUGUCUGCACAUGGAGGUGGUGGUGGAUAUCAUUAUAAAGCAUUAGAAAAAUCUGAUAUUGAUUCUAAAAAACCAAUAAUUUUCAGUUCAAGAGGUACACAUGCAAAUUAUGCAAGUGUUGGGCAACAUUCACAUGAUUUACCAUUUGGUAUGUUAUCAGAUUUUACAGAUAGAGGUCCAUUAUGGGAUCCAUCAAAAAAUUAUCUUGGUUAUACAUGGGAUGGAGAAAUUUUAUCACCUGUAUCAAAUGAAAGUAAACCAGAUAAUUUCAAAGAAUUAAAUUAUGGAGAUUGGUUAUUAUUUAAAGGACAUUGGGGUGAUGAUAAAUUAUCACCAGAAGAUCCAAGACAACGUUGGUCACCAUUUGAAUGGAAAUUUAUUGAAGGACCAACAGGACCUUUAACAAAACAUUUAAAUCGUAUUAAAUUAUGUCAAAGAGCUAAAUGGUGGAAUUUUUGGAAAGGUUGUCCACCAAAAAAUUUUAUAAAAUUAGGUGAAGGAAUUGAAAAAGAAGAUGGUAUAGUUUGUGCAAAUUUAUUUGGUUGGAUAAGACCUUUUUUCUUGAGAAAUUUAUUAGAAAAUUUAACAUGGGGUGGUGGUUUAUGUAAUUUAAUGAAUUUAAUAUGGGGAUGA